AUGUCAGAAUACAAUAACGUUCGCAUCGGUAAAUUAAUUUUGAAAGGGGAGAAGCGACCAAAGAAAAGGAAACUUAAGAGCACUAAUAAAAAAGAGAAACAAGCCCCAGAAAUAGAUGAAGACAGUAUAGCCCAUGGAAAUUGGUGGAAGAUUAUAAAAACUGAACAGAUAACAGGACCUAUUGCCAUUGAAUUUGGAAAUCACACUUAUGUGAAGGCUUUAGAUAAUGGCCUUUUUAGUAUUGGAGCCCCACAUACAGAAGGUGAAGGUCCAUCUCCAGAAGAAAUAUUGACUGCAGUGCUUAUCAACGAAAGGAAAGUAGCUUUCAAGUCUGGAUAUAACAAGUACUUGAAAGUGGAGAAAAAUGGCAUAGUCACUGGCAGAUCUGAUGCCAUAGGAGCAAUGGAACAAUGGGAACCAGUAUUUCAAGAUGGCAAAACUGCAUUACAAGGCUCCAACACUUGCUUUCUGAGCAUAGAUCCUGAAGAUGAUUCCUUGGUAGCUAAUGCAGUAAAAGCUGGCACUGGUCAGUUCAUAAAACUGAGAUCUCAGACAGUCAAGGAAGACCAUAGUCAUGAUGGUACACCAAAUGAAGAGAUAGGUGGUAUUUCCCAGAUUGAGAUCAAUUAUGUGAGAAAGUUCCAGAAGUUCCAGGACAAAAAGUUGAAGAUAUGCAAGGAAGGUAAAGAAGACUUGAAGAAAGCAAAGGAAGAUGGGAGUUUGCAUGAAGUUUUGUUAGAUCGUAGGAGUAAAAUGAAGGCAGACAGAUACUGUAAAUAA